UGGAGACUCCUGUACAGCGAGUUCUCUGUCAUGAAGGAGGUGAUAACCACACUGUCUAUUUGCCCCGUCUUCUUCAACUGACAACCUGUACUGGACUCGAUGACUCUUUCCCUACCUCAAUUUCUCGCUUCCAACUUCCAGGCAAUCUCCCACCUAACCACCUCAACAAGUUCGACCGCUCUUUCUUUGGCCUCUCAAUCUCAUCAAACCACGCAAGAAAUUCAUCAAGCUCGUGCACUCAUCUCAGACUCGGCGUAUCACCUUAGCGAUGUCCUCAAUACCCUCGCGGGAAGAACGACCGACCAUAUAGAAUCUCUCGAUGUGAAGGUAGAAGAACUCAAAGAUAAGCUACUCCCGCCUGCACCUAAGGAAGAAGAUCAAGCCUGGUUCUCAUACGAUAACAUAAUCUCAGAGAGGUGGUGGAAAGGGAACCUGGUUUGGGUUCUGGGAUUUCUUAUUAGAGGGGCCUCCCUAUCCGCGUGGAUUGAUUCUCCGUUCCUCAAGAUCCUAGAAAUCAUUUGGAUCGUCGCGUUCUGGUUGCUCAAACGAAGCCUCUCUACUGUUACCAGCUUCCUCGUACUAUGUUUUUCUUGCCGCAAAUACCUUCACCGCAUUCUCAUAACUUCCACUUCGAAUUGGGUACCGAACGAUCCUGAAAGACUCACAGGACAAAAGCAAAGACAAUUUCUCUUGAGUAACGAUUUAUUCGACCCGUCAUCAAGAAAGAUUGCUGCACCAGCGAUGACUGGAGCCAUUGGAAUCGAUCCUCAAACAAACAAAGUCCUAGGUCUAUCUGCUGCGCUCGAACCUUCUGUACGUCAAUGUGACCCAAGAGUCCCUCAAACGCGAAUCAUCACAAGCAGAAUCCGACUCCUCGGUACUUCUGCUUCUAGUGCUGCUGCUACUCGCUCAAGAGUUUCUCGAAUACCCGAUAGACUUUGCAUUCCCUCCUUGGCUUAAAUAAUUGUUCUCGUUGAAUUGCUUUCCUUCGCUGCUCUCUUCAUUUUCAAGUACACUUUUUUCUCUGGAACUUUGGAAUACAAUAUAUGUACAUGGACGGAC